UCAGUAAAGUGAAGUCACUAAAAUAACCUCAAGGUCCCUUCCAGAGUUGGCAUUCCGGUAAUGUAGCUGGUGUUAAAGGUAGGACUACCAUCGUGUCAUAAGCCAAAAGAGUUACAUCAGAUUUUCAUGAAUGCUAUUGUGAUGUGCUGGAACACAUAAUUUGAUACUUGGGUCUGUGUCAUAAUCAAACCUCUUCCGCUUCCUGCUGUUAAUGUGUAUGUCCUUCGCUAGUAUUUCUUUUUAGGAGGGUUAAAAAUGGCAGUACAGCCAACAGCUCACCAGUGGGAGGAAGAAACCAUUACCAGGGUCAGAGAAUUCUACACCCAGUUCGUUGGCAGGCCCUAGGAGUCGGCUGAGGGUCUGAGACAAAAUCGUAUAGUUUAGGGACACUGAUUGCCUUAUCUGACCAUGAGAUCCACCCAGGUGGUCUUCCCUAGACUAACAACAGGAGAGGUUAACCUGCUCUUGCGUUUUGAAGUCAAGGCCUGUGCCUUUCAUAGUUAAGUGUCUCAAGUCCUGGUACGUAACAGGGCCCCAGUAAGUAUUUGUUGAAAGAAAGAAUAAGUGAUUUGAGGCUUUUAGAACAAAUCCUGAAUUUUAAAAAAUUUUUCCCCAGCUUUAUUGAGACGUGAUUGAAAUAUAACACUAUGUAACCUUAAGGCGUAUAACAUGAUGAUUUGCUGAAUUUUAAAAUAGUAAUUCACAAGUGGACGUAAGCUUCUCCGUGUCUGCCUGAAGAAAUGUAUUUUUUAAAGACAAAAAAUUGUUUUCUUUUUGUAAUAGAAAACUGACCGGUGCCUUCAGUUCGAUACAUUUUCCUUCCAUCGGACAACACAAGUGAUUACACAAGCAGAACCCGACAGGGAGAAACAUGAAUGAGAAAAACCCAAACCAGACAAACCAGCUGUUUACUACCCACCAGAACAGAAAAUAAUUACAUAACUGAAUAAAAACACGAGGGAAAUUCUGAGGGUCAAGGAUGGAAUUUUGGGCUCCUCAGUGGCCACCUCAGCCAUGGGGGAGGCCCACAGCACCAUCAAAGGAUCCAGACCGAGGGCUUCAGAGAGAUGGAAACCAUCGGCCCGUUCCUCGCUCUUGGUACAAUGGAGAGAGGUACCAUCAGUGGCAAGACACGCACAGGAGCCCCCAGCCCCAGCAGGACCCCAGGACGGACCACCAGCAGCCCCAUUAUGCAUCCAGGCCUGGAGAAAGGCGUCAGCCUGUUUUGGGAGUUGACUAUUAUGAAGGUGGUUAUCCCCGUCAGUUGUAUUCAAGGCCAGGCAUUGAGGAUCCGUAUCAGAGCUAUCAUUCUCCAACCCUGAGGGAAGAAUAUGCUUAUGGAGAUUAUUACUACCACAGACCCCCGCAGCAGCUACAGGAAGAAAGAGCGCCAAGGCGAGAGAGUCCUUAUAUGUGGCAGGAAGAUCACCGAGAUCAAAAGUACCUCAGUGAGCAUCAUCACGAAAACCAGAAUAGUCUAUCCAAGAGUCGGAACUCUCAUAAAGACAGUCCUGCUUCUAACACUAGGCCGGAGAGGCCUGGGGACCUGUUUCCGGAGAGUCUGCUAACGGGAACCCAGAAGAAUGAGCCAUCGCUGGCCAAUGAGUCCAGCCUUCUCCGGCAGCAUGAGUCUGGUCUCAGCUCUAGCGCCUACGAACUCAGUCAGUACAUGGGAGCUGACUCGGAGCCCUACGAUCCCGUGGCGUCGGCAGCUUGGAGUCCAAUUCAGGCUGAGGAUGUCUCAGCAGCUGGUCCCAAGGCACCCAUGAAGUUCUACAUCUCUCAUGUGCCUGUGAGCUUUGGGCCAGGAGGUCAGCUGGUGCGCGUGGGUCCCAGCUCUUCCAGUGAUGGACAGACGGCCCUCGUUGAACUGCACAGCAUGGAGAUUAUUCUUAGUGACUCUGAAGAACAAGAAGAGAUGAGGACUUUCUCAGGACCCCUGAUCAGGGAAGAUGUACACAAGGUGGACAUCAUGACAUUUUGCCAGCAGAAAGCAGCUCAGAGCCGAAAAUCUGAGACACAGAGGAGCAGAGACUCAGCUCUACUGUGGCAGUUGUUGGUUCUCCUUUGUCGACAGAAUGGGUCCAUGGUGGGAUCUGACAUCGCGGAGCUGCUGAUGCAAGACUGUAAGAAGCUGGAGAAGUACAAGAGGCAGCCGCCAGUGGCCAACCUCAUCAACCUGACCGACGAGGACUGGCCGGUGCUGAGCUCAGGGACCCCGAACCUGCUCACCGGGGAGAUUCCCCCCAGCGUGGAGACGCCUGCACAGAUCGUAGAGAAAUUCACUAAACUGCUCUACUACGGCAGGAAGAAGGAAGCCUUGGAGUGGGCCAUGAAGAACCACUUGUGGGGCCACGCUUUGUUCCUCGCCAGCAAGAUGGACCCAAGGACCUACAGCUGGGUUAUGAGUGGCUUUACCAGCACGCUGGCAUCCAAUGACCCACUGCAGACCCUCUUCCAGUUCAUGUCGGGGAGGAUCCCACAGGCAGCCACGUGCUGUGGGGACAAGCAGUGGGGAGACUGGAGGCCUCACUUGGCCGUGAUUCUGUCAAAUCAGAGUGGGGACCUGGAGCUGCAUCAGCGCACAAUUGUCACCAUGGGGGACACUCUGGCUGGGAAGGGGCUGGUGGAGGCAGCCCACUUCUGCUACCUCGUGGCUCACGUGCCCUUCGGCCACUACACCGUGAAGACAGAUCAUCUGGCCUUGCUUGGCAGUAGCCACAGUCAAGAGUUUUUGAAAUUUGCAACAACUGAGGCUAUCCAGAGGACGGAAAUCUUCGAGUAUUGUCAGAUGCUGGGCCGCCCCAAAUCCUUCAUCCCUUCUUUCCAGGUGUAUAAGCUCCUUUAUGCUUCCCGUCUGGCAGAUUAUGGCCUUGCGUCCCCGGCCUUGCAUUACUGCGAAGCCAUUGGCACGGCCCUCCUUAGCCAAGGAGAGAGUGAUCACCCUGUGCUAUUAGUGGAACUCAUCAAGCUAGCGGAGAAACUGAAGCUGUCAGAUCCCUUGGUUGUAGACAGACGCAGAGACCGGGACCUGGAGCCUGACUGGCUGGUGCAGCUUCGGAGGCGGCUCAAGGAGCUGGCGCAGAAGGUCACAGGAGACACUGGGGAUCUUUGUCCUGCUCACUCAGAUGCUUCUGGAGUCGGAGGAACAACAGGACGUCAGAGCCACUCAGAAGCCCUUGGGGACCGCAGAGCCUUGUGGCCAACACCGGAGCAGAUGGGGCCAGGCCAGCCCAGCUCACAACACCCCAUUCCCCACCAGCCCAGUUCCUGUCCAGCAGGAGGAGGUGUGGGGCAGAUGGGGGUCCCCGUGCCUCUUUACUCGGUUCCUGAGGUCUGUCUGCCAGGGACUGGUGGCUGUAUGGCCGUGACAGGCCCUCCUGGAGGAGAAGCCUGGGAAGAAACCCAGCAGAUAUAUCCACCUCCUGAGAAUAUAGUAUCUCAAGGAAGUUUCCAGCAUCUGGAUGGUCAAAAGGCUGUUUCCAAACCCCAGGUGCCGCUGAUUCCCAGAUCACGAAACGUUUCUGAGAGUUCCACCGUUUCAGUCAAGGAGGAUGAGGAGGAAUCCUCUGAUGAGGCAGAUAAAAAAUCCUCCCCAAAUCCAGCACAGACGGAAAAGCUAGGAGAUGUGAAAGAGAACACAAAGAGCUCAGGGUUUGGCUGGUUCAGCUGGUUUCGCUCGAAGCCCAGAAGCAACGCAUCCCCUUCUGGAGAAGACUCGUCCGACAGUCCCGACUCUGAGCAGGAGACCUCCGGAGAAUCUUCUCCCCCUCAGGCCGGGCCUGGCCUCUCACUGACAUCUCUCCCAGAGCCCCAGUCUCUGCCAGGAGGCCCCUUCUCUGGGGCCACAGGCGAGGGCGGAGUGCAAGGACCUGCGUCCGGUGAGGGAGCGGCCGAGGGCACGGGCAGUGGAGGCUUGUCUGGGCCUGAGGGUGUUUCCUCUGAGUUUUUCUACAACCCUGGUGUUCUGCUCCCCACACCCCCCUUGAAAGGAGGUGUUCCUCUCUACAACCCAUCUCAGGUCCCCCAGCUCUCCAUGGCUACUAGCUUGAACCGGCCGAAUCGCCUAGCCCAGCGCCGCUAUCCAACCCAGCCGUGAUGAAAACCACACCCGUUCCAAGCUGGUCUCCUUCCUUGAUCUCCAGCCCCUCUGCCAUACUGGGGUCCCCAAGAGGGUUGUGCUGGCCUAUUGCCUCCCCUGUCACGAAGAAGGCAAGAGGACAGGGUCUUCUAGGACACAGCUCAGUCCAGUCUCUUAACAUUGGCUUCAGAAUGAUGGAGAGUAGUCGGGUAGAAUAGCAGACCGGAGGUGAGCAGAAUGCCAAGGGGGAGAUUCAAGAUGGUGGCUUCAGAUCUUCAGGAAAGUCAAGGUUAAGAACCCCUUGGCUGGAAUCAAUGAGAACCCACUGGGCUCCGAGGCAGGAAAUUAUUUGGGGGAGGCUCUCAGAGCAGUAUUCACAACUAACUUUGGUUCCUCAGUCUUAGUUAUGGACCAAUUCGUGCCUCUAGUUAGCAGAGCUUUUAUACUGAAACUUGAUUAUCGCUUCCUGUCAUAAUUCCCUCCACAGUGACAUUUCAGCAGUUUCCCUCUUGGUCCUAGUUUUGUGCACAUUUUUAUGUGCUUCAGAUUAAUUAUAUUUCUCUCACUUUCUUAGCUGGUCCUAUUUUUUCACAUUCUGGCAUCUGGCUAUCAAGUUAGAUUGCUAUAGGCAUCAUAUUGUCAUGGUAACCGCUGAACCUAGUGAUGCAGAUGGAUGGAACAUCAGUAUAAUAAAUGAUGGGGGAUGUUUCCUAAAAAUGCACCCCUUCCCUGAGAGAGGAGAACGUGUGCCUGAUAGUGUUAACCCCGCCCUUCCUACCUCGGGCCUCUGCGGAUUGACGUUCGCAGGGUCACGGGAGCCAGAGGGAGGCGGGGAGCAUCUUGGAAGCUUCCAGUUCUCUUUUCAAACCCAAAAUAGGAAUGACUCUUGCUGUUUGUCAGAUUUGCCGAAAAUUGCUCCUCACAAAGAACAUUUUUUGUAUGUGUAAUUGUACAUACAGGUUUUGUACUCUAAUGCAGUACAGUUCUGAUGUUGAUAGCGAUUAAACCAGAUCAUUUUAUAGCAACUGCUUGUCUCUGGCUGAUUUUUGCAGAGGGAGAGAGCAUACAGAGCACAUUCAUCCCUGAAGUGCUUCUAAUAAUGGUUUCAUUGUGUGAUAAGGUGCGUAUAGCUGGAAAGAGCCCUUUGUUAACAAAGAAUCUGGGGACUGAGCCUCUUGACUUCCAAGUCUGGUGUUAUUUUUUCAAUUGAAAAAAUAUGGACAAAAGCGCCUCUGAUGCAAAUCAGUCACUCCAUUAACUAAAUAUUGCAUACUCUGUUCUCUAAAAAGUUUAUUCAUCUCUCAGAUUAAAUUAGGAAAUGUCUGCAUAAGUGUUUUCGAGACUGAGAAGGCCCUCAGUCAAUGCUGUUUCCUUACUUCCCCUAAAAGACUACUGCUCCUUCACUCUGGCGUGCUGACACCCAGUGGCGGUACUAUGGCAGUCGUGUGUGAGUUUCACAGGACCCAGACUCGGAUCUCAGGGCAGCUCCACCUUGUAAACUUGGGCAAGGUUAUUUCACUGACUGGCGCUUCAGUUCCCUCAACUAUAAAAUGAGGAUGAGAAUUAUGAUAGUAGCUACCACAUAGGGACAUGCAAGAAUGAGAACCAAAGUCUUAGAAAAGUACCCGAGGGGCGCCUGGGUGGCUCAG